ACAAAAUUAGUUAAUCUUCGAAAAUGGUUGAGUAUUGUCAUAUUUGACGUAUUUCAUGUGACAGAGACAAGGAAAUCACACGAAAUAUUUACACGAAUGAGAAGUUAACUUUCUAUCGACCGUCGCAUGUCAAAUUUAAGUAAUACACCACUGCGGGUAUAUAGUGUUUCACGAUGAAAUCUAUCUUAAUAACAGGAGCAAAUCGCGGCCUGGGACUUGGUAUGGUGAAAUACCUAACUAAAAAUGACAAGGCCGGUAUUAUAUUUGCGACCUGUCGAAAACCAUCCGAGGAAUUAACAAAAUUAUCUCAAGAACAUAAGAAUCUACACAUUUUACAUUUAGACGUUACAAAUUUAACGAAAAUUGGUGAGAUAGCAUCAGAAGUUUCUAAAGUCGUAGGAAGUCAAGGAUUAAACGUCUUAAUAAAUAAUGCAGGCGUGACUACUAAAUUCACAAAGCUACAAUUUGUAAAAGCAGAGCAGUUAUUGGAAAAUCUAACUGUUAACACUAUUGCACCGAUUAUGUUGACCAAGAGCCUUCACCCCAUUUUAAAACAAGCUGUUGAAGCAAACAGUAACAAGCUGUUGGGUGCACAACGGGCCGUCGUCAUAAACAUGAGCUCGAUACUUGGAUCUAUAGCACUGAAUGAUCAAGGAGGCUUCUAUCCCUACAGAUGUUCUAAGGCAGCAUUAAACGCAGCUACAAAAUCAAUGAGUAUUGAUUUAAAAAAAGAUCAAAUUGUUGUAGCUUCGAUGCAUCCAGGUUGGGUAAAAACGGAUAUGGGUGGUAAAAACGCGCCACUAGAUGUCGACACUAGCGUUACUGGUAUUUUUAAUACUAUAGAAAAACUAAGGGAAACAGAUAGUGGAAAAUUUUUACAAUAUGACGGUACUGAGUUGGCUUGGUAAAUACAGAUUAUAAAUUGAAAUUACUACAUAAUUAAUACAUUUAUUAGUUGCAUAAUUCAUAUAGUUAUACUUUUUUUUGUGCACAUACCAAUAUAUUACUCAUUAAAAGCUCUCUCAGUCGUAGUCUUGGGCACAACUCUACUGUAUAUUAUAAAUUUAAAAAGUUACUUAGGAAAAAAUCAUUAAAUUCAUUUAGGUGGUAACCUUUGUGAAUCUUUUCUUUAAUUAAAAAGUACUAUUUAGGCAGUUGAUUAUUUAUUUGUUGUCUAUAAGUAUACGUAAUACGUAAGUUUAAGGAUAUAUUAAAGAAAACCAAAUCAAUUUAAAACACAUCAAUUUAUUUCGUGUGAGUUCUUUUCGACUUUUUUUUUUGGCCGACCUCUGAGAAUUACUUAAAUAUGUAGACACUGACAUUGUAAAAAAUAUUAUCUUACACCCUCAAUGUCGGUUUAUUGUAAUACAUUAUCAAAUUUAACAAAUGCUAAUUUAUUUUCUUUAGGUAAAAAAAGCAGAAAACAGUCAUGCCUUUUGCUAAUUACAGGACAUUUAACGCUUAGUGAAUAAUGAAUUGCUCACACUUACCUUCGCAAGUAGUUUUCACGAACUCUUUCACGACUGAGUUAAUUAUUUCCGGCUUGCUUGUAUUACCUUUAAAAAUAAAUGAUUAUAUAUAGAUAA